AGUCUCCAACAAGCAGCAACAUGAACAGUUGGAGCCCACAAGAGCUUGUUCAGAAGUCUCAGGAAGCCAAAAAUUUAGCAUACUGUCCCUACAGCAGUUUCAGAGUCGGAGCGGCUGUCGUAACAAGCGAUGGAUCUGUCUUCACAGGUUGUAAUGUAGAGAAUGCAUGCUACAAUCUUGGACUGUGCGCUGAGAGAACGGCUAUCACCAAAGCUGUGUCUGAAGGACACAAAACAUUCACAGCCAUCGCAAUUGCCAGUGACCUUGAGGACCAAUUUAUUUCCCCAUGUGGAGCCUGUAGGCAGGUCAUGAGAGAGUUUGGCUUAAAGUGGGAUGUAUAUAUGUCAAAGGCUGACGGGACUUAUGACCAGAUGACAGUGGAGGAACUUCUUCCAUGUUCCUUUGGCCCUGAUGACCUAAGAGCAAGAAAAAAAUCGCCAGACCAAUGACAAAUAGUUUUAUAGAGUCAUUGCACAUGGUGUUAAACUCCCUUAGGAAAACGAACCACGAUUUUAUUAUGUUAAAAGUCUAGUAAGCAGAUUUUUUUGGCAGAUUAACUAAAACUUCCUUAUAGUUUUAUUAGAAAUAUCAGGGUAAAACUAUGAUUACCGUAGUUAGACAAUGGUAAAUUUGUGCUUACUAUGGCUUUUUCUACUAAUACCGCUGCUGAAAAAAAUGCAAAUCCUAAUGUUUCUAUUAGUAAAUAGCUGUUUACCAUUAAAAUCAUUUCAAAAAAAUACUUCAUGUGUUUUGGGUCUUAUUCCAGUAGGAUUUAAUUUGGUUCCUGACUUUCUAUCUGCUAGACAACAUCCCACUAAUAGGUUUCUAUUGUUUUUUUCAAUGCCGAAGUUAAAAUAUGUUUAUUUGUAAGGUUCCUAAAGAGAAAUAUGAUUUGGUAAACUAAUAAAUAAUAACUUUUUU